AUGGCACCGGUAAAGGCGAAGGCGCCUAGCAAGAAAGAACGGCAGCCAGAACUGCCGGAGGAAACGAAUGCGCAAGCUCUGAUCAAGGCGCCUACACCAGACGAAUCGUCCGACGACGAUCAAGAAGAAUUCGCGGGGUUCGAUGAUGAUGAUAGCGAGGAAGAUCACGAAGACGAUGAAGAGCAAGAGCAAGGAGAAAUCAGUGGAAGUGACUGGGAAAAGGAUUCUACUGAAGAAGCGCUAGAGAGGGCUGUAUUUGGAGAUGCAGUGGGGUUCAGGGAGGGGUUGAGGUCGUUGGCAGCUGACGAGAAAAGAGGGCUAGAUGACGAAGAAGACCAGGAAGAUGGGAUGGAGCUGGACAGGUUAGCCGAUGCAGAUCUUUUCUUCAUCGACUCCGGACCUGGGCCCGCUCCCGCUGGUGGGGGAGGUUCUGAUGGCGAGGAUGGCGAGUUUCAAGGCAAACACAGGGAACAGCCUGCGUGGGAAGACAGCGACGACGAGAGAAUAUCAGUCUCUUUGGCUUCCGUGCCACGACUUAGGAAACUCAGGAAGACGGAGGAAGAGGACGUCAUAAGCGGGAAAGAAUAUGUCAAGAGGCUGCGAAAGCAGUAUGAGCGACUACACCCCACGCCAGAUUGGGCGCGUACGGCCACGAUCAAGAAACGAAGGAGGUCAGAUGCUUCAGGCUCCGAUACCGAUUCGUCUGCGGACGAGAUGGACGUGGACAGGGAUUCAAUCUCCGUCCAGCCGCUAGCAAAACUGUUGCAAGAUGCAGAUAUGCUCACUAAGGGAUUGAAUUCAAGGUCGAACAAGCGCCGUAAACUGCAACCAGAGGUUCUGGAUAUACAGCGCAUGAAGGACAUUAGUGGAGCACUACCGUCUGCAAUCACAUCUCUCUCUUUCCACCCGACUCUUCCUCUCCUGCUAUCGUCCGGUCCAGCUUCAACCCUCUACCUUCACCAUAUCCACCCACAUCCUCCUAAUCCGAACCCCCUCCUUACGUCCCUCCACAUCAAAAGAAAUCCACUCACCACGACUGCCUUCCACCCUACCGACUCUCGAGUAUUUCUCAGUGCGCGACGCCGCUACUUUCACAUAUGGAACCUGACGACCGGCCUGGUAGAGAAGGUCACUCGCGUGUACGGUCAUCAGGACGAACAGAGAAGUAUGGAAGACUUCUCUUUAUCUCCGAAUGGGCAAUAUAUGGCGUUGAAAGGUACCGCGCGCAAGGGUGGCGGAGUAGUCAACUUCCUCAACGCCUAUACGUUGCAAUGGAUUGCGCAAUGUAGGGUAGAUGGCCUUGGCGGUAUCGCAGACUUUUCCUGGUGGGGAGAUGGUCGUGGCAUCACAAUUGCAUCUAAGAACGGUGAAGUCUCAGAAUGGAAUGUGGAAGAGAAGCGACUGGUGGCGAGAUGGGUAGACGACGGAGCUGUGGGCACGACGACGAUAGCGCUCGGAGGAAAAAGUGGAAGAGACGGUUGGAUAGGCGGAGAUAGGUGGGUCGCAGUUGGAAGUUCGAGUGGCAUCGUCAAUAUCUAUGAUCGCAGGGCUUGGAGUGCCAAUCGGAAAAUCCCAUCCAGCGACAGCGACGAUGAGGAAGUUGUAAAUGGAGGCAUCCCGAAAGCUCCGAAGCCAACCCGUGUACUGGAUCACCUUACUACCCCGACAUCUCACCUCGCUUUUUCGCCAGAUGGACAGCUCCUAGCUAUGUCUAGUCGAUGGAAAAAAAAUGCGCUGCGGCUAGUUCACCUGCCUAGCUGUACAGUAUACAGGAAUUGGCCGACUGACAAAACACCGUUGGGGAGGAUAACAGCGAUAGCCUGGGGGAAAGCCGACAGAGAGGAGGCGCUAGCUUUCUUGAGUGUCGCAAAUGAGCAAGGAAUGAUCAAGCUUUGGGAAGUGCGAGCAUAA